AUGUUCUCGUCAUCUGCCAGAAGGUCAUCGUCAUCUUCGUCGUCGGUAACUUUUCUUCUUUUCCGCCGGCUCACUUGCACCUCUUCUUCGUUAUAUUCCUCGUCAUCAUCCUCGUCGAUAUCUAACCCUGAAAGAUUUGGUCUCUGUGCACGUCUACGGGUUGCUCUGGACGACUCGGUGGAGUCGGGAGAAGCCAGUCGUAAGCUGCGGCGUGAUCGAACCAUGGGCUGGUGUUGUGAAGAUAAAAAGUUCGGCGCGCGCUACAAAAUGUUAGCUUCCUCAAGUAAUUAUAUUCGCGCCAAAUCUACCUCGUUCUUUAUGUUAAGGACGCCGCUACGAACAUUAGGUUCCAUCCGCCAGUAUUCUACUCCUGUCCCAUCCAUAUCCUCGUUCUCCUAUAUUGAUGAUGACUUUUUGUCAGCUGUAAGUCAGCGGGAAAUUGCGAAAUAUUUAGAUAGUCUUGGACCAUUUCCGUCCUAUUCUCAAAUAUUAAAUCCCCAGCACUUUUUUCAAAAUGAAUUGCUUCUCAAGUAUGUGGAAAAGGAUCCUCAUCCUGUUUCCCUUCGUCAGUUGGCCGGUUAUGGUAAGGUGUUGACAAAACAGAAGAUUGUUAACAGUGCCAAUUUUGUUCGAAUCGAGCUUCCAAUUCGAUUGGCAAUACGGAUCAGAGACUUACAAACCCUCCCUUUCGGUGUUGUUAACAACCUCCAUCUUGCACAGGUUUAUGAGAGUUAUUACCGGCUGUUUAACGUUCUUCGGAGGUGGCCGAAAAUCACUACUUUGGAUGACAAUGAAGCGUUCUGUUCUGUCCUCUCCAAUCUACUCACCGACCAUAUGUCCAACUUGCCCCACUUGAUGAUGGGUGCCUUGGAAGUAUCCAUUUUGGACAGUCUUAAUCAGAACGAUUUGGAUCAGUUUAUGAGUCUGAUGAUACGAUCACGAAUUAGCAGGCGAGUCAUAGUAGAAGAACACUUAUCGCUCACCGACAAUUACAAGACUGCUCCCUAUUCAAGCAAGCCUCCUGACUAUAUUGGGGGAAUAUUUCAUCCGUGCAACGCAGCUGAGCAUUUCCGUCAUGUUGCCGAAGUCGUCAAGGCAUCGUUAACUGAUGUAUAUCCAGACAAGGAAAAGAUGCCGGAUCUUGAAAUAGAUGGUGAUUUAGACACAAAGUUCCCAUUUAUGGUUCCACAUCUUCAUUACUUGUUUGGCGAGAUCUUGCGAAACUCAUACGAAGCAACCAUCAAGACCCAUGGAGAUAAAACCUCACGAAAAUUACCAGCCAUCAAGAUAACAAUCAUAAACGGGAAAAAGCAGGUCAUUCUCCGGAUCUCAGACAGAGGGGGCGGGCUCUCUCACGACAAGUUAUCCAACAUCUACUCCUUUGGCAAAAGUCCUCAAAGAGCAAGAGAGUCUUUGGCCAAGUUUCAUCGUAUACCAGGACUCAGACUACAAACCAACUUUAAGUUGGCAGGCUCUGAAGAUGACGAGUCUCACCAGGAUGCCCUCUUGCUGCACACUUCUCUUGGAGAACAGCAACAAAAUGAUCAAAAAUCUUCCACAUUACAGACUUUGAUAUCCAGACCUCAUCAGUAUAGGCUUGGCCUUGGCUUGCCAAUGAGUCGUAUAUACGCGGACUACUGGAAUGGAGACUUACAAAUGAACUCACUAGAGGGCUAUGGCUGCGAUACCAGCUUGACCCUCAGUAAAUUGGGAUUCCACUCCAACACGGUUCUGUUGGAUCGAGCAUACUAG